AUGACCAUGCUCACAGUUAAGCAGCCAACACACUACGGCUACAAGUCCGUCCAUGACCUACCUACUCCGCCCUCGACAUCUCGACCCUCGCCUCCCUUGGCUUACCAAGACCACCCUUCGCACAAGCUGCUGCCGUCCAUUCCCCGUAGUCACAGUCCAGCUGGCCAGCCUAUGUCGGCACAUCAUCGUGGCCUGCCUCCCCCGGCGGCCAUGACUUUGCCGCCUCAGCCGCCUCACCCAAGCUCGGCUCCUCCUCCGCCACCUCCUCCCGCGCCCCAAUCCAUCGGCCAAGCUCAAUCUAGUCAUGGCCAUCUGAUGGGUCAGCUGCCCGGUCCGCCGCCGCAGUGGCAAGGCGCCGAGGAUUCCAUGAGGAGCUGGUUGGCAGCAAAGACCGAGGAAGAGCGCAGGAGACAGGAGGAAGAGAAGACGAGGCAAGAGACUUUGCGUCUAGAGCAACGGCGCAUCGAGGCCGACAUGCUGCGAACCUCGCUGAGCGGCGGAAUCCCCCCGCCCAUUGUUCCUCUUGUCUUUGCUGGAAUGGGAGGCGGUGUUCCUCCUGCCGCCCUGGAGUGGGCACAGCAGUUCCUCGCCCAGCAGGGACAGCCUCAGCACCCUCAGCUGCUUCCUUCCCAAGGUCCUCUGUCACCCGAGCAUCGCCGCGAUUCUCAGUCCCAGCCCUAUGGUCAAUAUGCGGGCGUUCCUUCGACGCCGAGCUCCGCCCCCGGACCUCACGGAUUCCCCGCCUACCCAGGCUCUCCCCAGCGGGGAAGGGCAACGACUUUGUCCUCAACCGGCUCGGUGUCCCGGCCACUCGGAUCUAGCAAUUUGCCCAGCCUCAACACGAACGUCCCCCAUUCUGGACCACCAGGCCCGUCGGCACUGCAGAGCCACCAGCACGCAGCCGCGCAGUCUGCGCAGUCUCAACAAGAGGCCCAGCCGAGCCCCUCCAUCUACUUUCACCACUGGCACCCGCCGACAUCCCAAGCCGGAGGUGGCUCUACUCAGCCUGCGACACCCUCCGGUGCGUCCAGCAAAACCAAAAGAAAGAGAGAUCAACAUCAACGCUUGCGAUCGCCUCCUUUCCACGGUGGAUCAACGCUUGAGAAUCCCCCGCCGGGGCGAAGACGGGGUCAUACACGACAACGCAGCGAUCUUUCGUCGUAUAGGCCGACGGGUCGUGGCCGAGGUGAGAGUUUCGGGACGCCUCGAGGCAUGUCUCCGCAAGUCGCAAGCUUCAACACGGCCCCGGAAUACGGUAUCGCCAGUUCGGUAUCUGCUCAGCAACAGCAACAGGCACCGAGGAGUAUUGGUGGACAUUCGGUAUCAUCCCUGUUGUCCGAAGAGCCAUCGCAUGCAGCUCAGUACGGACCGACGCCAACGGAGGCUUAUCAAGGGCAGGGCGAGGAACGACGACGAUCCCCGUUGUGA